UCUAUCACUCACUCUGUAUAAAGCUUUCAAGAAACUACACGAGUUUCUCACAGAAAAGAAUUUGGCUAAUGGAUUCACAAGCGCAGUUGCAGCGUACUCAUGCUCAUCAUCAUCAAGCAGAGGAACCAAUCAAGAUUCACCAUCCAGAGGAAGAAGGGCAUCAUGAGAAAGGACCAUCGAAAGUUUUGAAGAAAGUUAAGGAAAAGGCAAAGAAGAUAAAGAACGUUCUUACUAAACAUGGACAUGGACAUGGUCAUGAGCAUGAUCGUGGAGGAGAACAACACAUCCCCGACGAUCACGAUCUUGACGAGGAAGAUACUGAAGAUUACGACGUAGGCCAACAAGUCCACGGUGGUGCACCAGCGCGAGGAAAAGCACAUCACGUUUCUGAUCCGAUGAAGGAGGAGAUAGUUCCUCCAGGAACGAAAGCUUUCCCGGUCGUGUCCUCUUCCCACACUAAAGUCUCUGAGCCAAACAGAGGAUUUGAACCAACACGAGCCCCCAAUGCCUCUCAAGCUCUGCCUCAUCCUGUAAGACCCUUCGGUGUGUCGGAAAAACAAGAAAAAAGAGGCGCUGCUCCUACGAUGACGCCGCAUAACACGCCCGUGUCUUUGCUCUCUUCAACAGAAGAUGUCACGAGUACGUUUGCUCCUGGUGAGCAACGUAAAGUCCAUGUCGAGAGAGACAGAGUAUUGGAGGAAGACCCGUCUGCUCCAGGUAAAGGGAUGUCGAAUUAUCAGUCCAAAGUCACUGAUACCACCGGAAAAGCUGGUGGAGAAGUUGGAGCAGCACAGACUAUAGCAGCUCUUGCGAGGUUGACAGGGACAGGCGGAGAUGAUCAGCUAGGGCAUGGAAGAGAUCUGCCUGAGAGAAGACACGGGCUUGAGAGAGAACUUCCGGCGAAGAGACAUGACGUAGAUGUGAAGUCAGGAACUGCUUUGGGUAAAGAUCUUCCGACAGGAACUCAAGCUAGACAUAACCCUGAACGUUUUGAACAACAGAGGGGAGAUGAAACGCAUCAGCAUGAUCAGAGCGGCUACACCGACAAGAUCGCAUCAGUGACCUCAGUCGUGGCGGAUAAAGCUGCGGCGGCUAAAAACGUCGUCGCUUCGAAGCUUGGAUACUCCGGGGAAGGUGAAAACGUAGGAGCUGAAACUCCGAGCUCCGGGGAAGGAUACGGGACCAAGGUUGCAUCGGUAGUGACUCCAGUUUACGAGAAGGUCAAAGAGACGGGAGCUAACGUGAUGACGAAGCUACCCUUCUCCGGCGGAACAGAGGAGACGCAGCAAGGACAGGACAAGGGCGUGUCUGCCAAGGAAUAUGUAGCGGAGAAACUUACUCCAGGGGAGGAGGACAAGGCUUUGUCGGAAGUGGUCGCCGAGAAACUUCAUCUCGGAGGAGACACACCGAAGAAGGGGACAGUGACGCAAUCUAAGGAGGUGGAGGAAAGGCUAGGAGGGUUCCCGGAUCCGAAAUCGGAAGGAGCGAUCAAACACGGUGAAAGGUAUGCGGAGGAAGGCGAAGGAGGGAUGGUGGAUAAGCUGAGAGGAGCUGUUACGUCGUGGAUCUCCGGUACGACGGAGGAAGUGACGCAAAAGUCUACUGAGUCUGUUCAAGACUCUUCGCAGUCCGUAGGCGCCACAAUUGGGAAUAUGGGAUUUUCCGGUUCGGGAGCAGAAGGAGCGGGCCAACGAAGCGGUGAGAAGCGUGGCUCUGUGCCUGUGCAGAAGAAGUUCCAAGAAAAUUGAGAUUAGCUUCUUUUCAUAAUGUAUGGCGUGUGUUAAUGCUUUCGAGUACAAUGUGUUUCUGGUUUGAUCCAUGGCUAAUUCUGCUGCUGUCAUGUAGAAAUGGUACAAGUUUUUUUGGGUUAAUAAUGGAAAACUACUUUAACUGGCC